CAACUUCCGCCUACGUCACCGCCUCUCACAACACGGAAUAUGGCGGCCAGCUCGGAUCGAAUUCCUCCUCCUUUCCCUGACACGGAGGAACCGGGAGUCUGUGACAUGGCAGAUGGAGACCGUGACGAGGGCGAGGACAUCUUCGUCAUAUAGUAACCCCGUGGCUGUGAGUCGAGGAGUUUCUCAGCCGGAUAAUGUCAAUGAGCAGCCUCCAGAUCUGUUCAGAGAGGAUGAGGAGGAGGAGGCCAGCAGCGCGACUGCCAAAUACAACGGAGUUCACUCUGACGAUGACAGCGACCUGUUUGCUGAAGCACAGGUGGAGCCGAGUACUGACAAGGUCGGCAGCUCUGCCAGGAAGGAACUCUCCACCUCCUCCGGCCCUCCUCCAUCUUCCUCCGUCACUCAGAGCCCUGCUGCCAUGCAGCCCUCCUCCUCCUUGCAGCAGUUGGAGGAGGAAGAGGACGAGGAUAUUUUUGAUGUUGACGUUGCCGUCACCAAUCCUGAGAAAAUUGGUGAUGGCAUGACUGCAUAUGUCGCUUACAAAGUUUCCACCCGGACCUCCUUGGCCAUGUUCAGGAGUAAAGCGUUCUCUGUGAGGAGGCGUUACAGUGACUUCCUGGGUCUUUAUGAGAAGCUAUCGGUCAAGCAGUCACUCCAAGGCUGCAUCAUUCCACCUCCACCUGAGAAGAGUGUUGUAGGAAUGACCAAAGUGAAGGUGGGAAUGGACGACCCGUCCUCGGUAGAGUUUGUGGAGAGAAGAAGAGCAGCUCUUGAGAGGUAUCUUCAGAGAGUAGUGUCUCACCCGUCGCUACUACAAGAUCCUGAUGUCCGUGACUUCUUGGAGAGAGACGAGCUCCCCAGAGCAGUGAGCACACAAGCACUGAGUGGAGCUGGCUUCCUCAAAAUGAUCAAUAAGGCAUCAGAUGCUGUCAACAAGAUGACCAUCAAGAUGAAUGAGUCAGACACUUGGUUUGAGGACAAGUUCCAGGAGGUGGAGAACGAGGAGCAGCAGUUGAGGAAGCUUCAGGUGGUGGUCGACUCCCUGGUGAGCCACAGGAAAGAGCUGUGUGGGAGCACGGCGGUAUUUGCCAAAAGCAUGGCCAUGUUGGGAAACUCCGAGGACAACACGGCCCUGUCGCGGGCCCUGUCCCAGCUGGCGGAGGUGGAGGAUAAGAUGGAGCAACUGCACCAGGAGCAGGCAGCCAGUGACUUCUUCAUCUUCGCAGAGCUGCUGGCCGACUACAUCCGCCUGCUGGGUGCUAUGCGUGGGUGCUUUGACCAGCGUGUGAGGGCCUGGCAGCGAUGGCAGGAGGCUCAGAGCACACUGCAGAAGAAGAGAGAGGUGGAGGCCAAGCUGCUGUGGGCCAACAAGCCCGAGAAACUGCAGCAGGCCAAAGACGAGAUCACCGAGUGGGAGUCGAGGGUGACUCAGUACGAGAGAGAUUUCGACAGGAUUGGUAUGACCGUACGUAAGGAGGUUCUCAGAUUUGAGAAAGAAAAGGCCAAGGACUUCAAGGGCCAGAUAGUUAAAUAUUUGGAUGCAAUGCUGCAGUCUCAACAACGGCUCGUGAAGUUUUGGGAGGCGUUUCUACCUGAGGCAAAGGCGAUAGCGUAAUGAAGAGGGAGACUUUUUGAAGGAGACCCCAACUGCCUUUUUCAAACACUUUACCUCUAAACACAAACUGAGAGGACAAUUUCAAAACUC